AUGGAUUCCUCUACUUCUUCUUCUUCAUCUUCUUCAGUUUCAAUAGAAUUAAAAGAUAUAUAUGAUUAUGAUGUAAUCAUUAUAGGUGCAGGUGUAGUUGGAACGUCUAUGGCGUUUGCACUUGGUAAUGCAGGUAAACAAGUACUCGUAGUGGAACGUGAUAUGAGCGAACCUGAUAGAAUUGUUGGUGAGUUGAUGCAACCUGGUGGUGUCAAGCAUCUACAGAUGUUGGGGAUGGGAGACUGCUUUCAAGGUAUCGAUGCAUCACCUGCCUAUGGCUAUGGUAUCUUUAUGGGUGCCGAUAAGAGUACCAAGUUGACCUACCCCAAAUUACAGAGUACUGGUGAGAAUGCUAUUGGUUACUCGUUUCAUCAUGGCAAGUUUAUCAACAAGUUGCGUGAAAAGAUGUCGUCUGCACCCAAUGUUACGGUGGUUGAAGGUACUGUCAAAGCACUCAUUGAGGAUGACAAUCAGGUACACGGUGUAACCUAUGUAACAUUGGACAGCGAGACUGGACAACAGGUAUCAAUGGAUAAGCGUGCACCACUUACUAUUGUCUGUGACGGUUGUUUCUCAAAUCUGCGUCGUGUCAUUACACCUGCCAACACACCCUCUCAAACCAGUACCUUUGUCGGACUCAUUAUCCGUGGUGUCAACCUACCAUACCAUCAUCAUGGACAUGUCUUUUUGGUCGAUCCAACUCCCAUCCUCAUGUAUCGUAUCGGUAGUAAUGAGAUCAGAGUCUUGGUUGAUGUCCCAGGUGUCUGUCCCAGCAAUGAUAUACUCAGACAACGUUUCCGCGAACAGACAGCCCCUCAACUACCCGAAACACUCCGCACCGCCUUUUUACAGGCUCUCGAAACGCAACAACUCAAAAAGAUGCCCAACUCUCGUCUCCAUCCCCAAGAAAGCACCAAACCCGGCUCCAUCAUCCUCGGCGAUGCCUGGAAUAUGCGUCACCCCCUCACUGGUGCAGGUAUGACUGUCGCCCUUUCCGAUGUCUACCACAUGUCCCAAUUACUCGGUCGUCUAUCAGCCGCCGAUCUCUGUAACCCUAAAGUCAUGGAUAAUAUCAUUCAACAAUUCAAAUCAAAACGUCAACCACUUGCUUCAACUUUAAAUGUUUUAGCUGGUGCUCUUUAUAAUGUUUUUUCUGCCGAUUAUGAAAAUCUAAGAAAAGCAUGUAUGGGAUAUUUAAGUUUAGGAGGAGAAUUUACAGCAGGACCAGUUAAAUUAUUAUCAGGACUUUGUCCAAAACCACAUGUAUUGGCAAUGCAUUUCUUUGCAGUUGCAUUUUAUGGAUUGGUAAAGAAUCUUUUCCCAUUCCCAACUCCAUCUAAAAUUGCAACCUCUUAUAAAAUGUUGUGUCAAGCUUCAGAUAUCGUUGUUCCAUUAUUAAGAAAUGAAAAAAUACUUCAAAAAUUAGUUGCUCUUUGUAGUUUACUUAGAUUAACAAAGAAAUAA